AAAAUGAAAUUGUAAACAAAAGCUGGAAAAGACUUGCAUAAAAAAAAUUCUCACACUUAGGUAUUACGUCAUUUACAAAAAAUAUAAUAUAUAUUUUAAAGCUAUAACUUUUGAAAAUGCCCCAUUUUCGUCUCGAAACUAAUGUGCCAUCAGAAAGAAUUCCCAAGGAUUUUCCUAUAAAACUUUGCGGCAUUCUCGCCAAAUCUCUGGGAAAACCAAUAAAUUACUGUGCCGCCACAGUUAUUGGAGGUGUAAACAUGUCUUUUGGAGGAACUAAUGAACCAGCAGGUCAAGCAACACUUAUGAGCAUUGGGGCUCUAGGUGUGGCAGAAAAUAAGAAACAUUCGAAGGCAUUAUUUGAAGCUAUUGAACAGACUAUUGGGAUUCCUCCAAAUAGAAUGUACAUUUUAUACCAAAAUUCACCAACAAGUGAUGUUGGCUAUAACGGGACCACUUUCCACGAGUUAUUCGGAUGAACCAGCAACUUUCAAGACUCUUAAAUUUUAUAGUUUGCUUUUAUUUUUGUAAUUUUGCAUUUUAGGUUAGGGAAAAAUAAACUGCUUGGUAACUGUA